AUAUAACCGAUAAACGUAACAUGGUUUCUGGUGACUUUACACGGCAGUAAAUUCAAGUGGAUACUGAAGAUGCCCAUCACUUUAAAUUUAUCAAUUAUGUGAAAUCUGGUCAAUCUGGAUUAUUUCAAGUGCAAUGUGGCAAAAGACAGACAAAAGUAAAAAAUAUGGAGUUGUUCUGUAUAACUACAGCUCCCGGCUGCCACACAGACUGACCUUGAAUAUCGGGGACACAGUUCACAUCGGGGAGGAGUUAGAUGAUUGGUUUUUUGGAUACAAAAUCAAGAACAAGAAUGAAAGUGGAAUCUUCCCGAAGUCCUACGUUUAUGUGCGGGAGGCGGUGGUGGCCAAAUUUGGUUCCUUGGAACGUGUGAUGUCCACAGAAUCCCCUAUAGCUCAGGAAAUUAACACAGUCCUCCGAGAAUGGUACAACAUAUGGAAACAGUUUUACCUGGAGCGGAACGAGGAGCUGGAGAAGAUCGAGGGGAUGAUGCUGGAGUUGAUGGACUGGAGAAAGAAGAUCAUGUCCAGGAAACUCACCAAUGAAGAAGUCAAAGAUCUUCAACAAAAAGUAUCGUCUAGGAUAGACUCUGGGAAUGCGAUGUUGGGUCUAGACUUAGUAGUUAGAGACGAACAAGGAAACAUCCUCAAUCCUGAUGACACCAGCGUUAUCGAGCUUUAUAAACAGCAUGAAACAGCAUCAGACAGAAUAAGAAUGGAACAAAAUACAGUGUCUAAGGAUAGAGAUAGCUCAAUCACGGGGCCCCAGACAUUCAACCUUUUUGUUCAGCUUCGGAAUUUCGUAUGCCGCAUUGGGGAAGAUGCUGAUAUACUCAUGAGCUUAUACGAUGCCAAGUUUAGCAAGUUUAUCAGUGAGAACUAUAUUGUUCAUUGGAGUAAAGAUGGUGUUCCGAAGGAUAUAGAAAUGCUCAAUAACUUCAGGGUUGUGUUCACAGAUCUUGGUUCGAGAGAUCGCAACAGAGAGAAAGUCUUUCUAGUCUUCCAGAUCAUUAGAAUAGGUGUGAUGGAUUCCAAAGACUUGGAAGAUAAAAAACAAACCCGGGGACUUCGCCGUCCAUUCGGAGUGGCAGCUAUUGAUAUUACAGAGUACAUGAAUGGGUCAAAAACCGAUGCUGAGGAAGACAAGCAAAUCUUCAUCCCUUUCCAGCCUUGUGGAGAAAAAGAGUUCAUGGAUAGUCUGAUCAAAAAGGUUGUAGUUGCCAAGGAAAUUAACCAUAAAGGGCAGGGUCUCUGGGUGUCUCUGAAAGUGCUACAGGGAGACGUCAAGCAGGUAAAAGAGGAUUACCCACACUUAGUGGGUCCAAAUACUUGUGUCUCUAGAAAACUAGGCUUUCCAGACGUCAUCAUGCCAGGGGAUGUGCGUAAUGAUAUUUAUGUCACAAUCAAAGGCGGAGAAUUUACUCGUGGACCAGCUAAAACAGCCGACAAAAAUGUAGAGGUGACGAUGGUGGUAUGCAACAACAAAGGAGAAAUUCUUCAGAAUGUGAUAAGCCACGGCUGUGGAGGGGAGAUGAUGUCACAUUACAAAUCUCUGAUCUACUACCAUGAGGACAAGCCAAAAUGGCAGGAAACUGUCAAGGUUGCCAUAUCUACCGAGGAAGAAUUUAAAGGGCUGCAUCUUAAGUUCACUUUCAAACACAGAUCAACAAGUGAUGCCAAAGACAGAUCAGAGAGACCAUUCGCAAUGUCAUUCAUCAAGUUGAUGAACAAAAACUCGACGACACUAUCGGACACCGAUCACAAUCUUCUAGUCUACAAGGAGUACAAUAGUGCCGACUUGAAAAGUUCUAAAAAAAUGAAGAUUUCAGAGAAGAAGGAAGAUCGGGACAAAUUUUCUCCAUACCUGGAUUUGCCAUCAACAAGAGAAAAAUUUAAUGAGGAGCAGAGUAUGCAGCCGAACAGCAAAGUGACGCUUUUCUCAGGACCAUUUACUCUCAGUUCAAAAGACAGCUUUAUGAUUGGUUCAUUUGUGUGUUCAACAAAACUCACUCACAAUGUUGUUUUGCUCGGGCUCCUCCAAUGGCAGGACAUUAUGUCCGACACUGCAAAGCUUCGAGACCAUCUUGAAAAACUCAUGAUGGUGGAUGGAGAGGAAAUUGUGAAGUUCUUACAAGAUUUGCUGGACUCUUUAUUCAGCAUUCUGAUGCAGAAUACCAUUUCGGACGUUUAUGACAAUUUGGUGUUUGAUGCCCUGGUCCAUAUAAUUAGUUUGAUCUCGGACAGAAAAUACCACCAAUUCCGACCAGUCCUUGAUGCUUAUGUUGAAAGUUCUUUCAGUUUUGCUAUGGCUUAUCAGAAGUUGAUGAUUAUUUUACGAGACUAUGUUGACAAAGCCAUGGAAACCAAUCAGAAAAUAUUGAAGAGUGCCAUGAAGUCCCUAGAGUACCUGCUCAAGUUUAUUGUUCAGUCACGGAAUCACUUUGCAAGAUUAAAUGAUGGCAGAGGAAAGCAGUCAUUUGAGUUACAGCUCAAACAGCUUAUCAAGUCCAUUAGCAACAUGAUGUUGUACACCAGUGACAACACGCUGGUAGCUCAGGGAUCAGCUUUGAAAUAUAUAUGUGCCACAAUACCAGACAUCUUGAAGGUGUUUGAUGCUGUUGAACUAAGUCAUUUAAUGGUGGAGUUUAUUAACAAUGUGCCAAAAGAGAGACUGACCAAACAGAAGCUGAAAUGUAUUGAUGACCUUGUACAUAGCAAAUUAUUCAGACCUCCAGGGUGCCGACUGAUUCUACUUCCCAUGAUGCUGCAGCACACACGGACGUUGAUGGAGCAGAGUGAAGAAGUGGAGGACUGCAUUGAUGUUUUAUCUCAUAUUUUAGAUCUGGCAUUCCCUAGAGAUACAAGUUGUCAGACUUCCAAUGAUGAGGAUAUUUCAUUGAUUGCUGGGAUGAGCUUAAGAACUGUCAUACAGGCCUGCAUCAAACUGGAUAAAAGCUCCAAAGAAGCUAUUAAGUGUGUGUGUGUUCUGCUGAGCAUGCUGCGCCAGAUGAAGGAGAAUCACUUCUCACAGUACAUGGAGACGGAAGAGUUUGCCUUCCUGAUAGAUCUGAGGGAUUUUCUUAUGGAAAUUCUCAUGCUUUUCUUGGACCUGGUGUCCAACAGUGUCUUCCCAGAUGACUGGAUGGAAAUGAUUAUGUUAGGAAACAGCAUUAUACUGCGUGCCUUGCAAAUAUUUGCCAGAGUAAUACAUGAAAGAUUUACACAGGAGUUUGAACAAGAGCUCUGGGGAUUUUUCUUCAAGUGCUCCAUAUCAUUCCUCACUCAGAAAUCUCUGCAAUUAGAACACUUCAGCAGCUCCAAAAGGACCAAAAUAGUGUGCAGGUAUCGAGAUAUGAGGAGGGAAGCUGGUUUUGAGAUAAGACAAAUGUGGUUCCACUUAGGGCCGCAGAAGAUCCACUUCAUUCCGGAUUUGGUUGGUGAUAUUUUGGAAAUGACAUUAAUACCAGAAACUGAACUGAGGAAAGCAACGAUGCCCAUUUUUUUUGACAUGAUGGUGUGUGAGUACAUGCAGAUUGAGCCUGCCACUAGGAAGAUAAAGGGCAACUUUAACCAGGUAGAACAUGAGCUGAUCAUGUGCCUGGACGCUUUAGUGGAGGGAGGUCAAGGCGAUGAGGAGUACAAGGAUCUCUUCUGUGAAACACUUUACAAACUGUGUAGUAAUCACAGUACUCUGAAGGACCAGGGCCUUCGGUUCGUGAACACUGUGAAGGAGUUACUGCAGCAUUUACUGGAGUACAGGAAGAUCAUCCAGAGUGAAGUCAAAGAGCUUAGAAUGAGCUGUAUUGUCAACCUUCUGAAUUUUUACCAUGACAUCGAGAGACAGGAGAUGUAUAUUCGAUACCUGUACAAACUUUGUGACCUUCACAUGAAAUGUGAUAACUAUACUGAGGCAGCAAACACUCUCAAACUCCACGUGGAUCUUCUCAAGUGGACAGAUGAUGGACUUGAGCCCAUGCUGCACAGCACGUGGUAUCCGAAUGCACGCACACACAGAGAACUCAAAGAAAAUCUCUAUUAUGACAUCAUCUCUUUCUUUGACAAGGGAAAGAUGUGGGAAAAAGGUAUAGAGCUAACCAAAGAACUAGUGCACCUGUACGAGGAGGAACUGUUUGACUAUGAAAGGCUUAGUGUUAUCCUGAAAAGGCAGGCCGAGCUGUUUGCCUGUAUCAUAAGAGAACUGCGUCCUGACCCGGAGUACUUCAGGGUGGGCUAUUAUGGCCUUGGAUUUCCUUCCUUCUUGCAGAAUAAGGUGUACAUCUACAGAGGCAAGGAAUAUGAGAGGCUUACAGAUUUCAACCUGCGAAUGCAAACCUUGUUUCCAAAUGCAGAGCUGCUGAAGUCCUUGUCUCCUCCUAGCAACGAUGUAAAGGCCUCUGACAAGCAAUAUUUACAAAUAAAUGCCGUUACUCCAGUGUUGCAGUUACAUGAAAGAUUUCGUAAUAAAUGUGUCGAUGAGAAGAUCCUGAAGUAUUUCUCUGUGAAUGAAGUGCAGAAGUUUACAUUUUCUAGGAGAAUGGAGGAGAGCGGAGGGGAUAUUUCUCAAAUGUGGUUAGAAAGGACCUUUCUAACGACCCUGUAUUCUUUCCCUGGUAUCCUUUGCUGGUUCCCUGUCAACAACACAGACACGAAAAGUGUUAGUCCUUUGGAGAAUGCCAUUGAAACCCUGGAAUCAACGAACAAGAGGAUCAACUCACUGAUCGAGCAGCAUAUAGCAGAUGUCAACCUCAGCACCAACAACCUAGGGAUGUUGUUGAAUGGUGUUGUUGAUGCUUCCGUCAAUGGAGGAAUAUCCAACUACAAGGUAUUUUAUUCUGAGGGCUAUGGAGAAACAGAAAUACAGUUGCAUUUAGUCCCUAAACUAAAGGAAGUCACCAGAAAGCAGGUGGUGCUUUUACGAGAGGCAUUAAAUAUACACAGUCGCAAAGUUUCUGAAGAACUGAAGCCUUUCCAUGAACACAUGGAACAUAGAUUCAAGGAAAUGGUGAAGCUGAUUCAUAAGGAGUACAAUCUGAAUCUUCCAGAAGCAAACACAGCCACCCUGAAGCGGUAUAAAUCUAUGUCAGCUGUAAGCUUGAGUCGUGUCAGUGAAGCAUUUAAUAACCAGUUACUGAUGACUGAAGCCGCGUUUCCUGUUACCAACUCCAAGAUUUCUCCAAGUGGCCGGUCUCCAUCUGUGUUCAUCAAACCGGAUAAAUCUGCCUCCGUCACCCCUAUGAGAACGGGGGGGAUAGGCAGGAUGAAUCUCUUCAAACGUACAUCAGUGGCCUCCACAGCGAAUUUGUCAGACCACUCUAGCAGUGAGGGAGGGGGAAGCAAUAGGAAUUCGCUGGAAGCACCUAUUGAGCUAUCUGAGCAGAUUACACCAAGAAGACCCUUGCGAACAGAUGACCAGCGCCGACUAAGUCGUCCAAACAGCAGCCAGUUAAUGCCCCCUAUCAUGAACAGCGCAAGCAACUUAAGUCUAGUCUCCAACACAUCAUCCACCAAUGAGAACAGUGAUGCAGAGCCAGUGGAGGAACUGCCCACACCGCCCCUUCCCGAGAAAACAGCAUAUUCAGACUACAGCAAUAUAGAAAUCUCACCUGCCCCAUCACAUCACCGCUCCAAUAGCGGUAAUCGUAAAUCCAAGCCUGUUCCUCCUCUGCCUACAGGGACGAAUGGAACUCCACCGCCUGUGCCAAAAAAAUACACUUCUAAACAAGCAUCUAUGACAUGAGUUUCCCACUUCUCUGUAUUAUUCCUAACUGCUGUUGCAUGGAUGGAGUUAUAAAACUGGUGCACAAAUUUCAGUUAUCUUAAUCUGCAUUUCAUUAAUUAAUACAUGUACCAUAUUGUAUGUUUUCAUGGGAUGUCGAUACAGUGACUGUUUAUAUGAUCUUGUGUAUUUCUGUGUAUUUAAAAUUUCACUCUGUCAGGCUCUCAUCAUAAAUAUCGACAUACAGCUUGCUUUAUAUUUAUGCAGACUCAGGGGCUGGCAAAUUUAUUUUUUAAGCAUUUGCCUUGGGCAAUGACCAAAUCACUUGCCCUAGCAGUAAAUUUACUUGCCCGACCAAAAACUUUAUUAAUUAUACAUGAAUAAAUAGAAAUUGAGUUUGAUUGUUUUUAUUUUUCACCCUCAUACUUAUCAUGAUUUACAAUGAGCACAUCUUCCACAGUUUGAACAGAUUUAGGGGCUGUCUCGACUGGUUUUUUUGUCAGUUUUAUUUUGAUGGCAGCGAUACAGGAAUAAUGAAAGAUUUCUAUAGAUACGUCAGAGGCUGUAUAUAUAAUCCCAGAAUUCCCCCUCUGGAUUUGAGCAUUUUCGUGGGAAACACAUGCUGACAAUUGAUAUGAAUAACUGUGUGUCAUGUGGUAUUGUGAUUUUACUAGUCAUGUGAAAAAUAAGAAAUUUACGGAUGGGAUUGGUUAAACUGGAGGCUGGAUUUCCGGUGCUCGAGUACGAGGUCAACAAACCUAGCUGUCUAGCUGGAUCAUUGGGGUAUUUUUGCUACAUUCAUGCUGAAGAACUGUUUUACAGAUGUGAUGAUGUCCUUGACAUUCUUCACAUCAAUAUUUGAAGCAUAUAGGAAGCAAGCUUGAUCCUUUAAAUGUGUUUGAUUAUGAUUUUUAAUAUUUAUUGUUUUACAGAAACACACCUUGAUAUAUCCAGAUAGCAUCAGUCAUAAAAUGUUAAAGUCAACUAUUAAUAUUGUUUUUAAACCAUUAUAUAUAUGCUUUUGAAUAAGUCAUUGUUAGAAAAUUUCGAAACUGUUUGGAAAAUGUAUACGUAUUUCUUCUUUUAUAUUAAAAAAAAAACCCCAAACAAACAGGACUCAUAAGGGACAAAUAAUUACAAACCGGUUUCACUUUUUGUGUGUGAAGUAAUGGAAAGAGUUGUUAUUUUAAAACAUAUAACUUUUUCACACAAACCAUCUAUUUUACAAGCCGGUUUUUGACCAGGUCAUUCCACAAUAUAUUAACUAAUUGUUAAAAGUAUAGACGAAGGUAAAUCAUGCUGUAUAAGGGUGGGGUUUUUUUUUGGGGGGGGGGGUGUGACUUGCAAUACCUUUGAUUGAGUUUGACAUGAAAGACUUCUGCUUAAAUUACAAACAUAUAUAUACAUGUAUAUAUAGAAUAUCUGGAAAUACAUAUGUAUAUUUAUAAUAUGUAAAUUAUUCAUAUGUCAGAGCUGUAGUGUACAAAGAAAUGCUAUCUUCUAGGUUGUUUGAUAAUACUGGUGUGUCCCAAGGCUCUGUGUUAGGACCACUUUUUUAUAUCUUUAUUUAAUGUUUUAGCUGAAAAUAUGGUUUUAACUCAAUACAAAAUACGGAUGAAACGUUGAAAGAAACGUUGAAAGUCACUUGAAUCAAGAUUUCGAUUUCUAAGAAACAUGGUCAAUUGACUGGUUGCUUAUGUAGAUAUAAAUCGUCAAAAAAUAAUGGUAUUUUUCACUGAAAAGUAACGUUGAACUUUCUAAAAUAUAUUUUACUAGAAGCUCAGUCAACAGUGCAACAUCUAGGGUUGCUUUUUUCACAUGAUUUGAUUUGGUCUGUGUUUGUAUACAGGAUAUUUGGUUAUUUGAAAAACUUAAAUUUGCUUUGAUCUAACAUCAUCUUUCUCAAUCAUACACUUUUUUUCCUUAUACCUGUUUUAGAGAAUACCUAUGUGGUUUGGGAUGGAUGCACAAUGUCUGGUAUUGAAAAAAUAGAGAAGGUACACUCAAGCACCGCAAGAUCUGUUACAUGCCUUCCAAUAUUGGAAUCUAAAGAACCUUUACAUUCUAAGACUAGGUGGGAAUUUCUGUUUAGGGGGUGCCACAGAGCUAAAAUAACCACAAUGCAAUGUGGUUCCUGAAUAUCUAAGGAAAGAAGUUUCAAAAUCUAAUACUGGCAAUAGUGAAAAUUGCACUACAAAUGCGGGCUUGAUAUUUUCAGGAAGUCAUUCAUAUUGGAUGACACAAGUAAAUGGAAUUUUUGAAGUUUAGAAUUAAAGGAAGAUACUUCUAUUAGUAAAUUUUGUAAAUAUAUCUCCACACACAUUCAUAAAACUCCAAUUCCCUUUUCCUAUGGUUACCGUAAAUGUGCAAUAAAUAUAAUUCCUACUACAUGCAGACCUAGCCGUGUACUCGGUUUUAAUUUAUAUAGACUUAAUGUUAUUGACACACCUGAAUAUUCAUAUGGAAAACCUGAAGAUUCAUACCAUUUUUCUUUGCUUGCAAAAAAAUCCAAACAAAAUCUUUAUCUGCUAGACACAGGCUUUGCUUCAUACUGUGUAUCAUUGGUACUUCUUUGUUACUUUGUGUCAGCAAAAAUCUGUCAUAUUACCUAGCUGUAUUACUUUGACUCGGUUCAGUGAAUCAUUUCAUUUAGUCAUAGUUACCUGUAUGUAAUUUUAUGACAAUUUCUACUGUAUGAAUGCAUUAGGAGAAGAACUUCCUUUUGUAUAUUUACAUAAUAAAAUAUGUUCAAUUCAAAA